AUGCCAACCCAUGCAACCCCUCUAUUUUCAGUUGAUCUGCAGCAGGUGCAAGGGUUAUCACUGGUAUUGGACUGGCUCAAACUGCAAGGCACGGAAUCCUCGGCGACGCUGGAAGCCGCAAAAGCUCACUUUAAAUCGUGCGGCGCGAUAUCGACAUGGAGGUUCUUGUCGAACAGUUUACCGGAACUGAAACAGCACGACGAGAUGCUUGAAGACGCAUUGGUCGCUGUCGCUAUGUACGAAAAGGUUCGCGGCACGACGAAAAAAACUCCAUGUCAUGGCCUUACGAUGACUGUAAGGAGCGCAUGUCGCCCUUCUGCUGUUGAAGUCGGUCCUAAAACCCUUGGAGGCAAACUUUGGAAACUCCAUCCUGACUACGCUGCGAUAGCAAGCCGAUGGAAUGGACUUCAAGUUGUCGACAUACCCCCUUGCCCAGCCUGGAUUUGGCAUGGGAUGAUGAAGAAGAUCAUUCCCGAUGCUGUCAUGGACGAGGCUGCCUGUCUCCAGAUGCUCAGCAGUGUCGAUUAUGAUAUGGAUCGCCGUCCAGAAUUCAAGUACGCAUUCGAGCACUCUCUCGGAGUUGCAAAGAUGUGCCUUUUAUCUCCUGAGAACGGUAUGCGCGGUCUCGCCCUCGCUGCUCUCCUCAGCUAUGAUAUCCAGCAACUUGUCCGAAUGCAGCACGAACGGUGGAUUAGAGAGCAGCAUGGAGCAUUCAGCUUCGGGGAUAUUGAAAUGAGCCCUGAAGAGUGUAUCCGUCUGGCCGUAGGUGACUGUGGCGGACAAGGACCCUACGGUUAUCAGAACAGCGAGCAAUACCGAUUGGGAAAACCAUCAAUGUUCAUCUCGAUGAUCGUUGCUAACUCGCACGACGUUCUCUACGACAUCUGCUCCCAAAAUCGAGUUUCCAAUAUUUUAUACGCUGAAGUCAAGGGAGGCUCCCUGGACAACUGGCAUACUGUCCUGGCACACUCCGGGAUGGAUUCAAUCGCAGAGAGAAUCAACCUGCUGAAAGAGGGUGAAGUUCCUCUCUAUGGAGACACUGCGGCCCUCGGGACCGGCUGCUGGGCCCCUUUCAACGGACGCUACCGGAGCUUAGAGCGAUACAUCAAGUACUCGAAGUUGCUGAAACGGUCGCAGCAUCCAGAUGCCGGCAAGAUCAUGGCCUUUUCUCGCCAGCAACGGGUCUACCAAGAAUACAACAUAACUCACAGCGACCUUGUUGUAUAUUGGAAGCUCUCCAUUGAUAGCGACGGAAUUCGACAAACAAAGUCACGCACUCAACAUACCUACAAAGUCGUGAUGGAUAAGCGCCUUUUGUCCGGGGACUCGGUCUUGAGGGGCUUGGACAUCUGCGGAAACUGCCACGACCUCCUUGCCGAUAAGAUCUUAAACACACAGUACAGCGUCACUUCGGCAAUCGAAAUCAGCCCGUCGGUUGCAAAUGCUUCAUCUGUACAAUGGGCAUCGCUCCUCGUUCAAGUGGCAAACUGGUGUAUUGAGUCGCAAGUCUGUUCAUCUUGCGCGGCAUUGAUUGGCGAUAGGCUGGAUGAGAUCGCGUUUCACGUUCUCGUCGAGUUGAUGAAGAACGAGCCCAAGACUUCUGCCAAGGACUUUUUGGUCGAGCAGUACACUGUCUGGUGCAGUACCACAGCCCCCAUUUCUAUCGCUUCGAUUCUCUCAGGAUUUGAUUUGAGAGCUCAGAUUGUAAUGGAUCAAGGCGCAAUGGGAGAUAGAGAUACUGUUGAUUGCUAG